AUGUGUCGAGCCUCUCAAGAACAACUUCCACUUAAACCUGUUUACGAAUCAUCAGAAGAGGAGCUGUGUUCGUCGUUGUCGACUUUGCAUUGUACAUGUGGCGUGCAAGGGCUCCUUGUCAAUCCUCUUCCUCAAGGCGCCAAGCGUGGAGGGGCUUUGUACCCAGAUGUAGCGCACAUCGCCGACCUUUGA